AUGGGUAAAAACGUAAAAAGUGCCGAUAGAUUACAUCCUGUGGUGUCUAAUAUUCUCGUUGAUGAUUUAAAUAUAACGUCGGUGCUAUCCAAUCAGAACAUUACGAUUAACGUGGAUCACGAAGUCGAUAAGGAUGAAGCAUUAAUAUUAGCAUUAGGAUACAAGCAGGAAUUUAAACGUGAGUUCUCUCUCUGGACGUUGUUUGCGGUCUCAUUUAGUGUGUUGGGGUUACUUCCAUCGAUUGCAGCAUGUUUUGAUUACCAACAGUUGGUGGUUGGGAUGUCGCCGGUUCCGUGGAUUUUGGCGAUCAUUUUUAUCUCAUCAGUGGCAUUAUCUAUGGCAGAAGUUGCCAGUGCUUUUCCGACCUCGCUGGGGACUCCAUAUGCAGUGUCACAGUUGGCACCUCCAAGAUGGGCACCUGUCUUGACGUGGCUAACCUGUUGCAGUAACUGGUUGUGUCAAAUUACAGCUGCUCCAUCCGUUAAUAACAGUUGUGCCUGGUUAAUUUUAGCUUUAAAGACUUAUAAUUCAGAUAAUGGGUAUAGUCCAUCAUAUGGUGAAGUUUACGGCUUAACGACUGGAAUUCAAAUAGUUCAUGGGAUCAUAUCUUCCAUGCCAACUAGAUGGUUGGCAACGUUUAACUCCAUGGGAACAAUUACUAAUAUAUUGUUUUUGGUUAUUGUAUUUGUAAUGAUUUUAGGAGGUAACGACCGUCAAGAUCAUUUUGACAACAUCACUAAAUUUAAUUCAAACGAUACUGCUUGGAGUUUCUAUAACCAAACUGAUUGGCCAAUGGGUAUUGCUGUUUUGCAAUCUUUCUUGGGUGUAAUUUGGGCUAUGUCUGGUUAUGAUUCUCCAUUUCAUUUAUCAGAAGAAUGCUCUAAUGCUAAUGUGGCAGCUCCAAGGGCCAUAGUACUUACUGCAACAUGUGGAGGUGCUAUUGGUUUCGUAUUCAUGUUGGCUAUUGCAUACACCCUAGUUAGUAUUGAUCAGAUUGCAGAAGAUCCGCAGGGUCUCGGUCAACCUUUCGUUACAUAUUUAACUCAAAUAUUGAGUAAGAAAGCUGUCAAUGCAGCAACAGCAUUAACAAUCAUAUCUUCUUUUUUUAUGGGUUGCUCAUGUAUGUUAGCCGCAUCCAGAGUCACCUAUGCUUAUGCUAGGGAUGGAUUUUUUCCAUUAUCUAGAUAUUGGAAAAUUGUUAAUAAGAAAACACAAACACCAGUUAAUGCCGUAUGGGUUAACUUAUUUAUUGGUCAACUUUUGUUAUUACUUCAGUUUGCGGGUGAUACUGCCAUAGGAGCCAUUUUUUCGGUGGGUGGUAUUUCAGGAUUUGUUUCUUUCACUAUGCCAACCUUAUUAAAAAUCACUUAUGCUAACAAUUCUUUCAAGAGAGGACCUUGGCAUUUGGGUAGAUGGUCAAGACCUAUUGGUUUUGUAUCGGUAGCGUUUGUAGCAGUAAUGAUUCCAAUAUUGUGUUUCCCAACAGUCAGAGGUGAUGACUUAACACUCGAUCAAAUGAACUGGACUGUGAUUGUCUAUUUUGGUCCUAUGUUAAUGUCAUUAUUAUGGUUCGUUAUCGAUGCCCAUAAAUGGUAUAAGGGACCUAAGCCAAAUAUUAGUGACGAGGAUAUGGUCUACGGGAAUUCAGAUAUAAUUGAUGGCUAUGACAAUGAGAAAGGAAACCAUGAUACUGUUAUAUCUUCCAAAGAUUAUGAAUCGGCCUAG